UUCCGUUUCACAUCAUUUAUAUCCUCCCCCUCGUCUCUGUGCCUGAGUGUCUGCUGAGCUGACUGACUGCCUGGAUGGUUGGCUCCCUCUCUCACUCUACGCUCACUGGCAGUUUACUCACACUCUGCGUGCGCGCUUCGCUGAGACUGCAGUGGAGAGAGAGACACUUGCGAUGCUGAAGCUCUGAAGAAGUGGGAUCUCUGCAAGAUUUCUCUCUGUGUGUCUGUUUUUGGUGGAAUAUUAGAUGAGAGCAGAGGAAAUCUUUGGCUCUCCCGUUCCUCUCGCACUGACCACUGACUAUCACUCCUGUGCUGCAUCCAUGACUUUACAUACCCAGCUGGUGUACGGGCUUGGAUUUAUCUUGGUUUUGGCACUUUGCUUGGCACAAGUCCAGGGGCUGCAGUGCUAUGGCUGCAACAUCAUCCAGGGUCAGAGGUACGUGGACGUGGGCUGCUCUAACCCAGAGGUCAUCACCUGCACCCACUCACACAAGGGCUUCAAACACCGCUUCUGCAUUAGAACAGAGAGCACGGCCCUGGGUAUUGUCCUGACCAGUGGCUGUGCCACAUCUAGACACUGCCAGCAACAAGAGCUGCCAGGGGUGCGCAUCCACUGCUGUGACUCCGACCUAUGUAACAGCACCCCCUCCUGGCAUCCAAGCCCACUCCACUAUAUAUGUGCUGUGUUUAGCCUCCUGAUGCUGAGGAUGUGGUUGUGA